GUCAGCUCUGAAGAGGCAGGCGGAGACUGGAGCAAGCGGGAGACCUCCUCGGGAGAGGAUGGAUCUGAUAUCCGGGUGUCCUCCCCACCUCUCCCACCCAGGCGCCCCAGGAUGGAGCCUCCACCCGGCACAGCGGCGGGGCAGGAGGAGCAGGAGCUGCGGGAGAGGGCCUUCUUCUCGUGGGCCGAGUUCAGUCGCUUCUUCGACGCGUGGUGCCAGCAGCGGCUGGCACUCUUCUUCGUCAAGAGCUCCAUGCACCUGGCGCGCUGCCGCUGGGCCAGCGCGCCCCCGCUCUACACGCUCAUCGACGUGCUCAAGUACAGCUACGUGCGGCUGGUGUGCAAGGACGUGCGCGCGCCCAGCCGGCCCGCCGUGGGGCCCCCCCAGCCUGGCUGCCCGGCCUUCAUCAUCGUCAAGCUGAGCCCGCUGCGGGACCGCCUCGUGGUGACGGAGUGCCAGCUGACCCACUCACACCCGGCCUGCCCGCUGGAGUUCGCCUACUACUUCCGCCCGGGCCACUUGCUGGCCAACGCCUGCCUGCCCGUGCGCACCACCAACAAGAUCUCCAAGCAGUUCGUGGCGCCGGCCGACGUGCGCCGCCUGCUCUCCUACUGCAAAGGCCGCGACCACGGCGUCCUGGACGCCCUGCACGUGCUCGAGGGGCUCUUCCGCACCGACCCUGAGGCCAAGGUGAAGCUGGUGUUCGUGGAGGACCAGGCGGUGGUGGAGACCGUGUUCUUCCUGACGUCACGCACCCGGGCGCUGCUGCGGCGCUUCCCACGCAUGCUUCUUGUGGACCGGCUGCCGGGGCUGCAGGGCGCGCUGGAUCUGCUGGCGGUGCUGUGCGUGGACGGCUCGGGCCGAGCGCGUCAGGCCGCCUGCUGCGUAGCGCGCCCGGGCACGCCGAGCCUGCUGCGCUUCGCGCUGGCCUCGCUGCUGCAGAGCGCGCCCGACGUCAAGGGCCGCGUGCGCUGCCUGACUGCCGGGCCCGAGGUGGCGGCGCAGCUGCCCGCCGCGUGCAGGGCGCAGGGCCUGGAGACGCUCUUCAGCAAGGCGCAGGAGCUGGGCGGCGCCGGCCGCGAGGACCCGGGCCUGUGGCCCCGCCUGUGUCGCCUGGCGGGCGCGUCGUCCCCCGCCGCCUACGCCGAGGCCCUGGCAGAGCUGCGCGCCCACGGCCCGGCCGCCUUCGUCGAUUACUUUGAGCGCAACUGGGCGCCACGCCGGGACAUGUGGGUGCGCUUCCGCGCCUUCGAAGCGGCCCGCGACCUGGACGCGUGCGCCCUGGUGCGCGGCCACCGCCGGCGUUUGCUGCGCCGCUUGAGCCCCUCGCGCAGCGUGGCGCAGUGCCUGCGCGAUCUAGUGGCCAUGCAGUGGGCCGACGCCGCUGGGGAGGCAGCGCCCGACGUCUCCGAUGACGGGGGCCCAUGGCUGGAGGGGGAGCCAGGAAGGGGAGCCCAGGUGGAGAACCAGAGGUUGAAGGGCCUAGAAACCGGAGACUGGGGAGGGGCGCGGAAGGAGGGAAGUUUUUGGAGAGAAGCCCAGUUGGAGAAGGAGUGGGCCCGAGGGCUGGAGACCAGAGACCGGGGAGGGGCUCAGGUGGAAAGUGAGAAGGGGAGAGGAUUGCAAAUCCGAGACUGGAGAGGAGUCCAGUUGGAAAACCAGGUGAGAGGGCUAGAGGGGAGUGUUUGGAGAGGGUCCCAGUUGGAGAAGGAGCGCUUGAGAGCGCCCGAGAUCAGAGACUGGAGGGGGGGCCCGUUGGAGGGUGAGAAAGAUUGGGGACUGGAAGGUUAUAUCUGGAGGGGGGCCCAGGUGGAGGACCAGAGGUUGAGGGGACUGGAAGGGUAUACCUGGAGGCUGGCGCAGCUGGAGGAUCGAAGGGUUAGGGUGCUGGAGGCCGCAGACGGGAGGGGGACCCAGUUUGAUUGCGAGAGGGCCAGGAGUCAUGAUGGGAGCUCCUGGAGGGGGCCCAAGUUGCACGAUGAGUGGGUAAGUGGCCUGAAAACCAGGGACUGGAAGGGGCCGCAUUUGGAAGCCGAGAAGGAGAGGGGGCUGGAGGUCAGAAACUGGAGGGGGGUCCCUGUGGAGAAGGCCCUGGAACUGGUCCCCGAGAAUGGAGGCCCCAGGGGGCCCCAGUGGGGAGAUGAGAGGCCGAGAGGGCCAGAGACUAGAGAAGAGGGAGGAGCGAGGUUGGGUGUCAAAAGAAGAAGGGGCCUAGAGGAUGUAGUUUUGAUCCAGCUGGGGGACCCAAGGAUGGCGGGCCUGGAGAAUGGAGAGGGAGGAGGUGCCCAGGCUGGGAGCCCCAAGAGCAGAGGGGGGCAGGGCAGGGAGUGUGGGGACCUAGGAGGGGGCUGUUUAGGGCUGGGGGAUGGAGUCACGUGCAGCACCCCAGGGGAGACCGUGUGGGAGGGUGACCCAGAGCGGGCAGCGAGAAGGAGGAGGUACCCGGCCCCUGGGGAGAGCUUGCAGGAAGGAAGUGGAGGAGAAGGCCCAAGGGAACCAAAGAGGCCGUGCUGCCCGUCAGGGGACGAGGAGGUGGACUGGGAGCCGCUGGCCAAGUUCCGAGCAGCCUGCGGGCCAGAACUGGCGGAGCUGGUGGCCGAAGAGCUGGCCUUUGCCCGGCAGCAUGGGACCCGCGGUUUCCACUGGACCGGGGCUGGCUUCGCCCUGCAGGACGGCACCUCGGACUUCUUCCUGGACGGAGCGCUGACGCGCUGCACCUGCUCCAUCCACGCAGCGCGCCGCCUGCCCUGCCGCCACGUGUUCGCCGCGCGCCUCCUCACCGGGGCAGCCUUAUUCCACAUGGACCUGCUCAGGGAUUGUUGGGGGAGGGCCCCCGAGCCCUGAGCCCGCCGGCCCCUGCCCGUGGCCCUCCACGGUGGGGGCGGGAGGGCACGCUUCGAUCCCAAAGAUAACAGGGCUGCGGCCAAGAGGGCCACCCCAUUCUGUCCCCGGCCACCUCCUAGGGUACCCAGGGACCCCAUCUUGGCAGCUGGCCUCUCUGGAUCCGAGGGGGAGCCGACAGUGUGGUCUCUGAGGCCCCUCCCGUGGCAGAUGGUGGUGGCCAAGGGAUUCUCCUUCGGAGAGGAAAGUCGGGGUGAGAGAGUGUAGACAGGGUCAGGUCGGGACAGGAGAAGGAAGGGGAUAGAGCUGGGGGAGGGGAGGACAC